GUAUGCAUUUGCAUGCAUAUCGAGGCAACUUCGUAGCCUCGACAGUUCACUGAUUCCAAAUUCCAAUAAUCCUCAUGCGUUGUAUUUUCUGUUGCGCCGUCUGAUUGACGGAGCAGCGUCUACAAUAAUCAAUUCGAUAUUCAGAAGUCUAUUUAUUAACUAUUUUGUGACCGACAUAAAGCCUAGUUAGCUCAAAUUUAAAGAGCGAAGGGACAUAUUUCAGUGCCUGUGCAAACACAACGUAAAGACGAAAACGAACAGUAGCGGAAGGGGAACUCGCGAGCGCUUUUGUGUGCAUCGCAUGCGACUGUUUAGUGACAGUUGGCGCGCUGCUCAAGGCCAUUGUAGGUACUUAAAACUGUGUAUUCUUUUGCAGUUGUUACGGUUUCCAGUUGCUGAGAAAGCGGAGGAAAAAAAUUUACUACGAAGAGGUAUUUUUGUGUGGGUGCGAGCGAGGGCGGGGAGUAUUGAGUGCGACGACAUAUGUCGCGCCAGCCGUCUUUACUCCUCGGCACUCGUCGCCUUCGCCGUUGUUCUUGUUGCUAAAUGCACUCCAGGUGGUGGCUAUUAUUUGCGUGGGAGUGAAAGUGUAGUGAAAAAGAAGAGAGUGCUUAGUAAAGGGCCCCUAGAGUCGUGAUAACACUGGAGCAAAUAUCAGCCAAGUCAUUGCAAAGUAAUAUCACGAGGACCGUAAUCGUACCAAGUGACAACCGACUACAAACUAUUGAAAAUUACAGAAGUUCAGCUUCAACGGCAAGCAGCAGCGCCUUUAUGGAUUUCGUUUGAUAUACGAUACCACGAGACACACGUAUGCACCUACACUUGUUCGUAUGACGUUUGGGCAUGUGCGCGCCCCCGUGUGCACUUGCAUGUAUGUCGUAUAUAGUUUCAUAGUUGACAGUGAAGCAGAGGACGUAGUAAAUAGCCGAGGAAGCGAAUGCUUCUUCCUCGGCCUCAAGCCGAUAAAGACGACAGGAUCUGAAUCUUUGUGAGUUUUUCUAGAUCCUCAGAGUUUAGAAUUAUAAUCACAUUGGUACUUUUAAAAGAUUGAAAUGGAAAGUUCUGAGGAACCUACAAGUCUGCAAUCAAUUUGCCAUCUACGUGCAUCCGAACUAUUCCCUAAGCCUGCAUAUUUUGAUUUUGAGGAUUCAGAACUUGUAGUACCCUUUGUACUUUUAAGUGGAGAAUAUAUUGUUGCUUUGGGGCGCACAUCUGAUGGUGUAUUGGCAUUAUCGAACUAUAGGUUAUAUUUACAGCUUGGUCAAGGAUGCUAUAAUGUACCUUUAGGAUUAAUAGAGCAUCUAGAAGUUAAAGAAAUCUUUUACUUGCAUAUUGGCUGUAAAGAUGCUCGUUCAAUAAGUUGUGCUUUUUCUACCAACGAGCAUUGUUUAGAAUGGUUCAAGCGACUGCACAAAGUUACUUUUCCGAGAAGAAGUAUAGAAGACAUGUUUACUUUUGCAUAUUAUGCUUGGUCAAUGGAAGAAGGAAAAGAUUAUCCAAGACUAGGAAAAGAUAAUAAUUCUUAUCUUACAACUUUCAAUUCGGAAGUAGAACGGCUGAAGUUCAAUUUACAUGGAACUUGGCGUAUUAGUCAAAUAAACAAAGAUUACCAAAUGUGCCCAUCUUAUCCCCCACAUCUUCUUGUUCCUGCCUGCAUUACAGACAAGAUACUCGAUGAUGUUGCUAAAUUUAGGAGUUCUAGAAGAAUUCCUGCAGUGGUUUGGAGACAUGUUAAUAAUGGAGCUGUGAUAGCUCGCAGUAGUCAACCUGAAGUUGGCUGGUUAGGAUGGAGGAGUUCCGAAGAUGAAGAUCUUUUAAAAGCUUUAUCGGAUGCAUGUUCCUAUGAUAGAGGUGAAUCUACAAUUAUUGACUCACCAGUCAAUUAUUCUGAUCCAGGAGACGAACCUAUUCCAGCGGUGACUACAAAAAAAGUCCUCAUUGUUGACGCAAGAUCUUAUACGACAGCAGUAGCCAAUCGAGCGCGUGGAGGUGGAUGUGAAUGUCCAGAAUAUUACCCAAGCUGUGACAUUCAGUUCAUGAAUCUUCCAAAUAUUCAUUCGAUAAGAAAGAGUUUUCAUGCAGUGCGUCAACUGUGUGCCUCUGACGCAGAUCAGAACAAUUGGUUAAGUUUGCUAGAAGGAACAAGGUGGUUGCAGCAUAUGUCAGGAUUACUCAGAGCAGCUGUCACGGUAGCUUCAGCAAUAGAAAGAGAUGGAAGGCCAGUAUUAGUGCACUGUAGUGAUGGUUGGGACAGAACACCUCAAAUCGUCGCACUCGCUCAGAUUCUACUCGAUCCCUAUUAUCGAACAAUGGAGGGUUUUCAAAUUCUGUGCGAAAGAGAAUGGCUUGAUUUUGGUCACAAAUUUGCAGAUAGAUGUGGUCAAACUGUAGGAUGUGAAGAUCCUAAUGAAAGAUGUCCUGUAUUUUUGCAGUGGCUAGAUUGUGUACAUCAAUUGAUUAAGCAAUUUAAGUGUAGCUUCCAAAUGUCACCUGCAUAUCUUGUAAAAUUAGCUCAACACACAUAUUCUCAAUUAUUUGGUACAUUUUUGUGCAAUACUAGACAAGAAAGGUUACAAUUAAGGAUACGAGAACGUACUUUUUCAACUUGGCGUUUCUUAAAUUCUACAUCUUUUAUUAAUCAUUUGUAUUCUCCAUCUAAAAAUCAGGUAUUAUGGCCUAGUUGCAAUGUACGAGAUCUCAAACUGUGGUCUGCAGUAUAUUUAGGAACUGUCAAGACUCCUUUAGGUCUCAGUGAUAUUAAACCACGAGUACCAAUGAUAGACAUCGAAGCUAGUGAAAAUGAAGAACCACUUGGACAAAUGAUAAAAACACGUUCCUACGGAGAUCUUGUUCAAGCACAAGAUCAUACAACUUAUCUUCAUCGUAGAUUAAGUGAUCCAAGCAUUUCUAUAGAAAAAAAAUUUGAUUCACUUAAUUUGGAGAAUGAUGCAGACAAAAUUGAGACUAAUAAUGAUAGUGAAAAUUUUAAAGAGACUGACGAUAUUAUAGUUUUAAUAAUUUCUAACGAAGAGCAACUGUUAAUCAAAAGACCAGUAAAUGCUUCGGUAGACAGCUCUACAGAUACUAUUAGACCAAAUGGCGAUUUAAUAAUUGCAAAGCAAAAUGAUGAAAAAAAUUUAUCAUUGAUUGAUAUGGCAACUGUCAUUCGAUACACAUGUAAUCGUAAUCAAAAUGAAGAAAGCGACGCAAGCGAAACUAGUGUGCCAUUAAUUUCGCGAACGCCGAGUAGUAUUUGUCCGGCAUCUCCAAUUCAUCAAGAUAUCAUGAUUGAUAAUUUUGAUCGACUCGAUGAUAUUGAUGGUUUACCAGUUAUCCAUUGUGAUGUUCAAAUCAGAGUCCAACAAAUCAUUGUCGAAAACAAGCUUAAGGAAGAAGCAUUAAGGAAAGAACUACAUACAACAAGAAUGGCUUUAAUAAAACAAGUGUGCAAUCAUAAUACAGAUUCUGAAAGAGUUGACGAUAUUGGCUCAUUACCUGACUCUGUAGGUAGCACAGGAGACCAUGGAGAAUCAUUACCUUCUGAUAUGUCGUGGGAAGCACUGGAUGAGCCCGGACCAGCACCAACAUUAUGGGUUCCUGAUCAUGCUGUUAAUCGAUGUAUGGGAUGUGACACAGAAUUUUGGCUAGGCAGACGCAAACAUCAUUGCAGAUGCUGUGGUAAAAUAUUUUGUGCAGAUUGCUCAGAAAAUUCCACACCUCUGCCCAAUGAACAACUAUAUAACCCAGUACGAGUCUGCAGAGACUGUUUCUCUCGAUUACAUCACCAUAUAAGUCCGUGUCAAUGUGCGAACCGACAUCAAACUAAAAUUGUAGAUAAUGAAAUUGAGAGUAUAGUAUCGCCACCAUCGUUAGCAAAUUUUUCGAUGUUACCAAGAAACCCAAUAAUACAGAGUUUGGGUAAGGAUGAUUGUUGUGAAUCGUCGUUUCAACUUGUACAGCAAAAGCAGAGUCAAUCGCUGCCAAUUGUUGAAACAAGUAGUGCGAAUUGAGCGCCGGCGCUCAAAUAAAAAAGAGACUUCUCAGGAAA